UGGUUGUCUUCAGCUCACAGGCUCAAACUAAAAUCCGGCCCAGUCCACGCCCACGCCCAUUACUCCACCGGACUCGCCGGCGCCCGCGGCCGCCGCAACCGCUUUUUUCCACGAUGCCCCGGAAGCCCAAGCGGAAGGCUCCGGCCUCGCCGGCGACGCGCGACACCUCGCCGGAACCCUACCCGUCCCACGCCUCCCCCUCCCCGGCGCAAUGCCUGGCCGUCCGCGACGCGCUGCUCGCGUUCCACGGCUUCCCCGAGGAGUUCGCGCCGUUCCGCCGCCUCCGCCUUGGUGGCCGCUCGCCAGAGGAUGGCAGCGGUGACGGUGACCCUCCGCCUCCGUCCCCCACCGUACUCGACGGGCUCGUCACCACCCUCCUCUCCCAGAACACCACCGAGGUCAUCUCCCGCCGCGCCUUCGCGUCGCUCAAGGCCGCAUUCCCCUCCUGGGACCAGGUGGUGGACGAGGAGGGGACGAGGCUGGAGGACGCCAUCCGGUGCGGCGGGCUGGCGGCGACGAAGGCAGCGAGGAUACGGGCGAUGCUGAGGGGCGUGAGGGAGCAGAGGGGCAAGAUUUGCCUCGAGUACCUGCGGGAGCUGUCGGUGGAUGAGGUGAAGAGGGAGCUAUCGCUGUUCAAAGGAAUCGGGCCAAAGACCGUGGCAUGCGUGCUGAUGUUCUAUCUUCAGAAAGAUGAUUUUCCAGUGGAUACUCAUGUACUUCGCAUUACAAAGGCUAUGGGUUGGGUUCCUGCAACAUGUACCAGGGAGAAGGCAUAUAUUCAUCUAAAUAAUAAGAUCCCAGAUGAUCUGAAAUUUGAUUUGAAUUGUCUUUUUGUAACUCAUGGGAAGCUUUGCCAAACAUGUACCAAAAAGAUGGGAGGUGAGAAAAGCAAGGUUCCCAAUGCUGCCUGUCCUCUAGCAAGUUACUAUUGUGUUGGAGAAAAGCUUCAGCAGUAGUUUAAGGCAUCAUUAAUGGCUGUUGCUAUUUUGAUAAGAGGUUGCAAAACCUUUCAACAGCACUUGCAGCAAAAGGAUUUUGCAAAGCUGAGGUUCAAUGAAAAGCAGAAUGCAUAGUUCCAUCCUGAUAUUUCAAGUUUUGCAAUUGGGGAGCUUCCAGCUCUACUGUAUUGGGUUAUAUUAAUCUCCCUACAUGCAAACUCAUUACUUCCAACUAAGAAGUUCCAACGACAAGCAGAAGAAUGGAGAUUAUCUACUUAUCAAGACAUACGGCCAGCUAAAGAAGUUCCAACAAGAAUCAGAGCAAUGGCUCUAGCGACUUACUGAAAUAUAUCAUGCCCAUUACACAUUGAAGAAAAUGGUGAACAGUGUGGACCCAACCUAUUGUAUGCACACGGUCCCUUCGACUUUCUAAUGCACGGGAUCUCUCGUGCCUGAUGGGGUGGCUUGUGACUUUCAGAGCAGGCAUUAGCUCACAGUGUUUAAAAGGUCCUGCUGUGUUUGAUUCGCCCAGUUCUCUCAAUCACCAUUGUUGCAGGUUGCAAGCUUAAGCUGAGCUUUGCCGACCCACCUGCUUGAUGCGGAUGUCUAGACUUAAAACUGUGGAAACUUGGGAGCUUUGGAAGGACAAGAUGUGGAUCCUUGAUGGACGUUUGGUACUUCAUGCUUUGAAUUGAAGCACAGCAAUGUGCCAUACCAUGCUGCCGUGUGAUCUGAUUGGCUGGGUGUCUUGCUUCAUGCUCACAUGAAGUUUAAGUACCGGCGUCAUCGGCUGCAGCUAGAAGUUUUGUUGUGUUGUAAUGUAAUGCGCUUUCAUGGGUUAAAUCUAGGAGCCUUGUGUUGCUGGGAACAUCUGGUGUGAAAGUCCAACUUUUUGACCUUUCUCCGACAAGUAACCGCCACUUUUGUAUUUUGGAGUGAACCUUUAACCACUCAUGAGUCAUGAUCCAGUACUAUCAUCUUUGCUUCCA